AAAUCAGAUUAAACUAAAUUCAAUUAAAUAAAAAAGCGUGCGAAUCGGAAGCAUGUUAAGCUGAGCUGCGUGCUGACGUCACUCCUCCUGAAGCAUGGCGGCGGUGGUGGACGGUUUCCCGCUGCUCUACCGGGAGCUUUACCGGGAGCUGGCCCGGUGCUGCGGACUGUGCAGAGACUGUCUGGCUCUGCUCGGAGGUUUAUACGUUACCGGGAAGAUCCUGCAGCUGCUGCGGAGAUGCUGCUCGGUGUUCACGGUACACUUCCUGCCACGAGCCCUGCAGAACCGGCAGCUCGCGCGCAGAUACGGGGACUGGGCGCUGGUGCACGGAGCGUCUCAGCCGGUGGCCAAAGCCUACGCAGAGGAGCUGGCCCGGCGCGGAGUCAGCAUCCUCUUCGUCACCCAGGACCACACGGCUCUGAGAGACUUCGCUGCGUCUCUCGCUCAGAGUUACGCCGUCGAGACCGUCGUCGUGCUCGCCGACUUCUCUCUGGACCAGACGGCUAGCAAACCGGUCAGAGAGGCGCUGCGCUGGAAGGACGUCGGCUUCCUGGUGAACUGCGUGGACGAGUCGUCGGCUCAGGAGCUGACGGAGACGACCGAGCAGGGUCUGCUGGAUUCGGUGAAUGAGAACGUCGCCGUGGCAACGCUGCUGACGAGGCUGGUGCUGCCGGGGAUGCUGGAGCGAAGCCGAGGAGCCGUGGUGAACAUCUCAGCGGGAAGAUGCUGCAGAGCGAAGCCUGGCAGAGUGAUGCUCACCGCCGCCUCCGGUUAUUUGGAUCAUUUCUCGAGAGCUCUUCACCUGGAGUACGGCAGCAGAGGGAUCUUUGUUCAGAGUCUGACUCCGCUUCAGAUCUCCUCAAACAGACGUCAGUGGUCAGCUGACAGCUGGUUCGUUCCGUCUCCAGAAGUUUACGCUCAUCACGCCGUUUCUACGCUGGGAGUCUCCACCAGGACGACGGGGUACUGGCCUCACACGCUGCAGGCCGGACUCAUCACAUUCGUCCCAGACUGGAUUUGGAUUCUCGGAUCUCGGAUGUUCUUCAGAUCGAGUUAAAAGCUUCUUCUUCUUCUU